UUUUUUUUUUUUUCCCCUGAGAGUCGAUGGGAACUGUGGGUGUAGGCGGAGGAGGGAUGUGGCAGAGAGAAUAUCGAUUGGGCAUGGCUCAGUCCUACACUAGCAGUGAGGCUUGGUUCUUAGUUUCCUCUCAGUGUGCUUUUAGCCGUUGUGCACAAAAAAAUGGGUCUUGCUCAAAAGUCAACUUCAUUGAUAGGAUUGACACCCCUCCCAUCUCUAACCCUAGUUUUGUUUGUUUUUGUUUUUUAAAGUUAUUUCCUCCAGAACAAACAGUAUCAUUCAAAAACAAGGAGUAAACCUUGAGCGUAGCUCAGUAGUUUAGAGGUUCGAGCGGUGGUCAAGACUGUCACAGCUUGGUCACAGCUGGUAUUGUGGUCCCUAGCCUGGCUUUCUCAGCUUCCAGGAACAGCCACUGGUGACCCCCCAGGGGACCGAGCUGAGUCUCAAGUGUGAAUAAAAUGGCAGAAGGAGGUUAUAGUGCUACAGAGGGUCUGCUCAGGCCAAUCCCUUUCUUUUUCAUGGGGCAAGAUCAGUGUAGCCAGCCCAGUCCUAGACAAGCAGAGGUUGCUGCAGCUUAGUACUUGGCAGCAAGUAGCAGCAUUUUGGGGUGCAUGGAGGAAGGAAGAGGGUAAGCUGGCUGAGGUGCCCCUCUCCUGCCCUGCAUGCCUUCUUAAAAAUUUGGUUUACUUUCCCCAGGCAUUCUUUGGUUAAAGUGGGCAGGCACUCACAUGGGUUCCUUAACACAGGAGUGCUUGGUGGUCUUUGGACAAUUACCAGUCUUAGCAGCAGGGAGGGUGAUGGACUUAAGAGUAUCCACGAACCUUCUUUGGGGGACCUCUGAGGAAAGCCCGAUAGGCUCAACGCUGGCUACGUUUAUGUCAGCUUACACAAGCUAGAGCUGUUUGGAGAGGGCAAACCUGAGGGACAUUGUAUUAAACUAGUUAUUGGUGAGGGAAGGUUCAGCCCAUUAUGGGGAGGUACCACCUCUGCAUGGAGCUAAGAAAGCAGGCUGAGCGAACAUGAGGAGCAAGCAGUAAGCAGUACGUCCCCGUGGCCUCUGCCUCCGUUCCUGCCAUGGUUUCUUGCCUUGGUGGACUGUGGUGUUGAAGUGCUAUCCAGGAACUGGAAGAACCUACCACAAAUGGACACCCGGCCUUACCUGGGUCAGGGAGCUCCUUGGCUGGAGAGCAAGUAGUUCCUUAGAGGGACACUUGGUACAUUUUAUGGAUACUCAUAAAAUUUGCUCUUGGGGUUUGCGAAAGAAGCAGUUCUGUAAAUAUCUGUAAAAGAAUGGAAGUCACAUCAGAGCCCAUAGCUGUUUUUUACAUAAAACAGUAUCAGAGUCCUGGUGGCUGGCACUUAAUGCACACGGCUUUUUUAUUUUAUUUUAUUUUAUUUUUGUUUUAAUAUUUUAUAUUUAUGGGUGUUUGCCUGGUUACCUCAGAGGCCUGAAGUGGGCUUCUGGUCCCCUGGAAUUAGAGUUGUGUGUGGCUGGAAACCAAACCGUGGCCGUCUGCAAUAGCAGGAAGUGCUGGCAAUCAGUGAGCCAGCCCUGUACCUUGUAUUUUGACAGAUCAUGAUCAUGACACAGACUUGGACCCCCGGGAGAGGUAACAGAGUAGCACUGCUGGUCACUCAGUCUCUUGGAAAAGAGACUUGUGAACCAGGGCCAGGGUCUGUCAUGUGAACCAGGCCAGGCUGACCUGAGCUGGGUUUCAGCUGUCCAGUGGUAUCAAGUGAGGUCUUCACUCUAGUCACUGGGCUUCCAAGAUGUUUCUGGCAAGAACUUACCUUUCUUUCAUGAAAACCAGAAAUGAACAGACAAGUUCUUUCCGUCUAGAAACAAAUGCCCAAACUUGAAAUCCAAAGGUAUGGGCUGAAUUAUCAAUGUGAAUGGUUUUCCGGGUCCUGGAAUGCACCAGUAAGUGUCCCAGUGACUAGGAGGGCAUGUGACCUUGCUGAAGGUGUUCGGUCAGGCUGUCAGGGUGGGAAACCAAAGGCUAAAAGGGAAAUGUGCAAGUCUGUAAGCAGCCAGGAGUUGGGUGUGAGGGUGGGCGAGCUGGACCGAAGGAGUAGACUCCCUCUUUGUGGAAGAGACCGCCGCUGGAGCCUUGGUUUCUAGUUUACUUAUUUCUCCAGGGGAAGCCAAGCACAUCAUAGCCACUCCCAAGAAUAAAUGGGAAGUGUUAGGGAAACCAUGCUUCUUCCUUCUGAGAGAGUCCAAGCGUCACUUCCUGAAUGGGCCUAGACUGCACAGGAUCUCUGCUCCAGGGCUUCCUACUUGUCCUGGUCGGUUUGUCUGUCUCGCAUGUUAACCGUUCUCUCUGCUUCCUGUUCCAUCCAGUUGGGUUUCUUCAAGGUUGAAGAGGAAACAAAUUUUUACUGUCACUCAUGGGGCAGAAUUGUGUUUUCCAGGGUUCUCUGCUAGCGUGGGAUACCUGCUGCAGGGCCCUCUGGAAAAUGGCUCCUGGCAGGCUUUACUUAGCUUAGCCAGUGAGCCCACAGUGACCUGUGGCUCUGUGGACAUACAUAGUUCAGACACUGGUAGAUUGAGAUAUAGCCGUGUCUUUGCUCAAGAUUCUAAUGACCAGGACGGAGACUCCUGAUGUGUGCUGAUCUGUAUGUGGGGCCUUCAGGCAGAAUUGGGCAUAUAUUACCUCCUAAUCUGUAGGCCUGGGGAUCAGUGAGGAACUCAACACUUUGACCCACUCAAUUGUAUGAGGAGCCUUCUGCAGAUCUUGGGGUGGGGGUGGUGGUAUCACCCCAAACACGGGUUCCGUUUGCAGUGGUUUGACCAGCUUUGCCAGUGUUAGGGAAAUUCUGUAAUCAGGGAGGAUAUUCUGGGGCCUUUGAUCUUCCUAAAGGUUCCUUUCUCAAGUGUUAGGUAGUGGUAGGUCAUGCCUAACCUUAUGGAGACCAGUGCGUGGUUCACAGGGAAUGGAGGGUAACCUCAAGAUGCUUCCUCAGGGCUGGCUUUGGGUGGAUUCAUGUUCUCUUGCUCCCUCUGUAGCCAGCUGCUUGGAGACCUAAGCAAACCAGCCCGAGACCUCCCCUGUAGGUUUAGGAACCAAAGAUGCAUUCUGUGGGGAUAUUAGAUUGCAAGUAUCUGUGACCCCUCACUGCCCUUUGCCUGAGGCCAGAGCUUGGAUUCCAGAGAGUAGAAAGGAGAAGGGUGUGGCUAGAGGAUCAGAUUUAUUGGGGAGAAAUGGUAUUUUGUUUGUUGUCAAGUUAUGUGUAUACUAAUGUAUAAGUAAGGAGGCAGGAGAAUGCGCUUUCUCAUUAAAAUUUAAGGUAGAUUUCACAUUUCAGAUGUGAUGUAUAGAGUUAUUCCUGUGAAUGGUUCAUCACCUAAGUAUCGGAGUGUUGCCAUUUUUGCUGGCUUUGUGACUUCAUAAACGCAGGAGACAAGUAACAUCUACUUUAACAACUUGUUUUGUUGUUGUUGUUUUUUUUUGGGUUCUCUUUUUCCGGAGCUGGGGACCGAACCCAGGGCCUUGCGCUUCCUAGGCAAGCGCUCUACCACUGAGCUAAAUCCCCAACCCCCCUAACAACUUGUUUUUACUUUUAGUUUUGUGCACACAUGUGUGUCUCAAGUGUGGGUUUUUGUAUAUGUGUGUAGUGCCCACGAAAGCCAGAAGAGAGAGUGGGAAUUCCUGGAGAUGGAGUUACAGGCGUUGGAAGCUAAAUGUGGUCUUAACUACAUAGCCAUCUCUCCAACACCCUCCCCCACUGUGCGCACCUUAAAUAUGGCCUCGGGUUAAGUCACUUCCAGUUGAUUUUUAAGGCAGGACCAUGAUCCAUGAUGUGCUUGGACAUGUCCGGCUUAGAGAGAACAAUAGGGCUUAAAUUUGAACUUGGAGUAUAACUAAAAAUGUUAAUGGCUCUAGCUUCAGAUAGCCCAAGAAACUUUUAAAAAACAAACAAACAAAAACCAGUUUCAGGUCCCUGUUUUCUCUUUGCUUAAAGAGCAGAGAUUCAAGUGCAUUUCCAAAGCAGUGCUCCAUGAACCACCAGGAAUCCCAUGCCCUCUUAGACCUGGACUUAGCCUAGUAUUUUGUCUGGGUCGGACUGGAGAAUGCUCUUGUGCCUUGGCAUCCACCUAACCUCAGUCCAGCACACUUACUUUCUUUAUUGAUUGACUCCUUUAUUUUUGGCAAACUUCAAGACUCCCACCUGGCCCCAAGCUGCUUACAAAUAAAGUCUUCCUGCUAACUAAAUGCAUUUUGCAAUUCAUUCUUUCUACAUAGCAAUUAAGAUAAUUCCCUUAGACUUAGACCAGCUAAGGAUAAAUAGCAGGCUUUAAAAAGAAAAUGCUGUGUAAUUUGCCCUUUCGGGGUGCGGUAGUCCGUGAGAAUGGAUUGUGUGAGUGACCAUUCAUGAAGGGAAGUGGGACACGUCUCUGGUCUUGGUCUGAAAAGUAGCCUUAACAGUGACAUUUAUACGUAUUUAACGUGGCUGUUUUCUUUUAGCACGAGGAGCAGACAAGUCGGUUUCUUAGCUGUGGACUGUUGAAAUAGCAACAACAGUUGUAGAAGCUGUUAAAAUUAAUCAUUCACACACAUAUGUAUAUGUAUAUGUAAGAACGUUAUGGAAAAUUGCUAAUGGGCAAGAUGGGCAAGGAUUAAAAAAACACCAGGAGGUGGUGGCACACACCCUUAAUCCCAGCACUCCAGGUAAGUGGAUCUGGGCUAAAGAGGGAGUUUCAGGACAAACCAGGGCUUUACAGAAAGAAACACCCUGUCUCUAAAGACAAGACAAACCAUCCAUCAAAAACUGGAAAGCCAGUCAGAGCACCCGACAGUGGUAUCUAAUUCCCAUUUUCCAUAGAUUUAUUUGCUGUCAGCAAUGGCAGUCUCGCAGGGUCCUUUCCUCCCGUCCUGAUGUCUGAACUUCCGUGAGCCUCUGUUCAGAAGCUCUCAGAGAAAGACCAGAUUUCUCCAAAUGGCCUUGUGCUGUGUGUGGAUGGAUUUGAAAAAGACUUAGGUGACCUUCCCUGUUUGCCUUGGAACUGCAGCUUUUGGGAAGCCUUUCAUAGUUCACACUAUUGAAUUCAGAGGGAACCUGUGGUGUUGUCCUGGUCUGGUGCUUCCUGCAGUUCCUGAGAGAAUGAAUUCAAAGCAUGUUGUCAUUGGUCAGGUCAUGGGGAUAAGUGGGUUUACCUGGUGGCACCCUGGAGAAAGGGUCCCAGAGUCCCAGUUAGGUUUCUUCUUUUCUCUCAAGCACUCAGUCACAGUGUUAACUGUUAAGACACAAUUCAUUUUUAUAAUCCAGGGACUUGGUAAUAAGCUUAGACAGGACUCACUGGAGAGGGGUGGAGUCCCACCGCAUGGAGACUGUGACCAUUUGUCUCCAGCAGUGUUGACAGCCCAUCGCUGGCCUUCUUGGAAACAUUACUUGGGAUGGUCACUACUGAGGCACCCCUACCCUUCCCACAUGCCUGUAUUACCAGAGUUCUUGAAUUCAGGAAGAUGGCCUAUUGUCUCCUGUGGUCACCGUUGGCGUCUCUUCUGACAGUCUCUCGUUGUCCCUUCUGAUUCUUCUAGAAGGUGAGCAAAACUGAGACUAUCUAAAGGGGAAUUGGAUUAAAAUUGUACUUUCCACCGCCAGGAAGUAGAGAGGCAUGGCCUGCCUUCCUGCGUGUGGUAGGUUGGGAGUCUGAGCCCUGUGUGGAGAGCCUGUCUGUGGUCUCCAGUCCUGGGAGUGCCUCGCUGCCUCAUAGAUGAGGGGCAUUAUGGUUCUGCUUAGACUAGAUCCACGUAGUGACCAUGAAGACAGUUCUCUGCAUCCCUAAGCUCUGGAUCCCUUGAGAGUGAAACCCAGAUGAUUACCGAACUCCUUCAGGGGCGGUGGCAGCCUGUGUUGUCACCAUCAGAGGCCUGGGAGCGUGUGCUUCCUGUGUGUAACUGACAGCCCAGACCCACAUUUGUUUGAAACCUUCACUUGGGUGAGCACACGGUACUGGGGCUUUUCAUGAUUGAAUCGCUACCCACUGCCUCUCCCUAAUGACAGCCAAGGAUGACCUCUAAGCCGCAGUGCCGGGCUGCAGCUUCCUCUAGGAAGGAAUAUCCAUAUUGAUUUGUGCCUUGAUCUCCCCUGGGCUUAUGGGACUGGUUCAAGCCAGAAAGCCUUCUGUUUAAAUAGAGCAGAUUGACGCAGCCUCAGACUUGGCCAGGAAACAGCUCGGGUGCUUUGUGGAAUUGCACACGAACAGUCUUUCUCCAGCAGCCCUGGGACUUCGGUUGCUCUGUCUUGUGUUUGCAAGGGAAGGUAAAAAUUCCAAGGCCUAGGUGAGGGUAGAGGGCCAGAGUCCUGAUACCGUAGCCAAGAAACUCUGGACAGCUGGACGUUGACUUCCUGUGAUGACAAUUGCCUUGGGAAAAGUAAGCACUUUUGAGCCUAAUUCCUGAGAGCCAGUCCCCACACUAUCAAAAGGAGUUAAUAGUAGCGUUUAAUCUCCAUGCAGUUGGGAUUCCAUGAAAGCAAACUGAAGAGGUCUUAGUACCUGGUACGGUUAAGGAGAUCAUCGCCCUCUGUCAUCACCAGUAGCAGCCACAGGACAUGCAGAGCCAUGGGUUCAGCAUAGAAGGGGACAUCUGGAGACAAAACUCUCCGAGGUGCCAGCACCUGGGGUCAAUAAUAAUGAAAACUUGGUAGGGAACAAAGAUUAUCGAAUGGUUGUUUUCUUUGUGAGAUUUAGGGGAUGGGACGCUUCCUUCCUUUGCAGCAGCCUAGUAUUGAUAUGUCUUACUCAGCAGUGGCAGGUUUAGGAUGUCUCCAGAUUCAAGACUAAUUCUUGCUCACUUUUGUGCUGGUACCAAUAUACAUUGUCUUAGCUGCCUGCUCCUGUGACAGGUGCAUACAGUAGAGUGGAUACCUACCUGCUAAUAGUGUGUAUCCUUCGUGCCCCUCUUCAUGGCUUGAGACCCCACGAGUUGCCUGAAACUUCUAUCUGUAUACUAAAAACUGUUGACUUAUAAAGAAAAAAAAUUAUUUCAAUCUGUUCAGAGCCAAGGACCUUGGAAACCCAGUCAUUAGAGUGCUGUCUUUCGAGCCACAGGGUAAGGGAGACCUUCUCACAAGGUGGUUAGGUUAUGGAUGGUACCCUGUUCAAACCUCCACAGGGUACCACCCUCAUAGCCUUCCCUGAUCUUUGCUUAUUUCCAAAUACAUGACCUCAUCUGAAUUUAGGGUCAAGCCUCCAACACUUCAGCUCAUACUCAGCAGGGUCUGAGGUCUACUGCAGUCUCCAUCUCUCCCCAGCCUGGGAGAGGAGAAGGACACGAUGGGUCUUUAUCUGAGCUAUGCCGGGAAACACUGGUGAGCACCCACCACUAGACAUGAAAGGCUGUUAGAUUCAGGUCACUGGGUUUGGACUCCUGCAUUUUAUGGCAAAGUCUAAAAAUGCAGAUUUGUAACAACGAACGUUAAUGAAUUCAGACUGUUUGAAUUUCACGCUGAAUAAUGGCUAGAAUUAUCAGAGCCCACAGCUUUUGAGAUCUGGGAUCGUGCAAUCUUUUCUCAAGAUUAAAUUGAUAGAAUGAUGUAAUACCGAGUUACUUUUAUUAACAGCCCUGGCCACAAAAGAAGCGUACUUAUUAAGAGAAGAAUUUAGUAAAAACAGUAAUAACUAGACAGUCUGGACUAUGUAACCCAUUCAGUAACUUUGAGAAUGCCACAUCUCAUUUUGAAUUCGAUGUUGUGCCUAUAUGUACUGAAUGAAAUACCUUGUGCCCUAGGGCUUCCUCUUUUCUACAUUAAAAAAAAUUCUAUUUAAAUGCAGAUUUUGAUUUGCAAUCUAGGAAGAGAAUUCUAGAAGAGUGCAGCAGGACGACUCUGAAUGUAUUAACUUAAUUUUGGUUUCACAUCUUACUCUUGUGUUCUCCUCCCCCCUUUGGGGGAGCCCAAAGGGUCAUGUCGAAACACACAAGUAAACGAGAGAACUUAAAGUUUCACGGAAUAAUAAUGUUAUUAUACCUUUGUCUAUCUUGAGCAUUAUCCGCUGUCUCUCGCCCUCCCCCAUCCACAGUCAAGUUGAAGAAACACAAAAGGCUUUGGAUUUUCUCACAUGACAGGAGCCUGAGAAUUUCUUCCUUUACACUGAGUUAAUUGCCACAGUAGGGGAUGGACACACAUCCUAGAACCCUGUUAAUAUUUACAUAGUCUGUCUAUUUAAGCUUAGUUUAAUUUUAAAAUCUGAUACUCUGUAUUUUGUGUGUUCCCCACUCUCUUUACCCUACAUCCUGUCCUCCUUUCCCUCCUCCCCGCUGUCUCUUCAUGUGUGUGUGCCCAUACAUGUUUGUGCAGGCACAGACACAUGCUUGUAUGUAUGCCAAAGGACAUCCCUCGCCGCUAUAAACCCUCUCCUGUUUUUGAGAGAAUCUCUCACUCUGUGGAACUUACCAUGUAGGCUAGGCUGGCUGGCCAGCAAGCCCAUGUGGGAAUCCUCUUUUCUCUGCCUCCCCGGUGCUAGGAUUAUAGACACAUGCCGCCAUGCCCUGCUGUUUCUGCAUGGGUUUGGGGGACUCAGACUCAGGGUCCUCAGACUUUGCAACACAAACAGAACACCUUGCUAGUUGAGUUGUCUCCCCAUCCCUUCCCUUCCUUUUCUAUAUACAUCCCGGAUGGCUUACCUGGAAAGCCAGUGCAACAGCCUCCAGGCAAAUGUUAGGGAGUGUGUUAAGGCUCCCCGUCACACAGUACAAGUGACUUGUUUGAUGUUGAGCUUCGGUAACCAAAGACAUGCAUGUAUAGCUUUUGACAUUCUACUCUUAGAAUUAAUUAGGUGUCUAAUCAUUAUAAAUACCGUUUUCUUUUGCUGCUGUCUGCUGCUAAUCCUGACUCUCCUGCUAUAUACACUUGUCAGUUUCAAACUGAGCAUUGUGUUUGGGCUUUUAUGAUCUGUCAAGGGGAAAUGGAAGUAAAUUCUUUAUAACAUGCUAAUUGGUCUAUUUGGGGAUUUUAGAAACAGACAUCUGUGUGUGCCAGUAACACAGUUGAUAGCCUCUGCUCAUCAGUAGACAGAUUCGAUUUGUUCACAUGCUCACUCCUGGGGAGGCCUGCUAUGUCUUCCCAGGGCUCAGCCCUGUCAAACUUGAUGGUCAUUUUUACUCGUGCUUGACCUGGGCCUGUGUCCGUGUGGGUUUGGGUUUUGAAGAGGCCUCUGGCCAGAGAGGGAUGGGUUGUGUCGGUUGUAAAGAAGGCCCUGGACAACUAGCCAGGUCAGCCUGGCUGCAGCUGUGGCUGUGAACCCAUGCAGUCCUGGGGACGCCCCUGCCACUUGGGAGUGCUCCUUCCUUGUACUCCUGUUUAGCCAAGGGCUUUUGCAACUCAGAACCUCUUGUUUAGUGCAAACCCAUUGAUGGCCCAUCUAGGCGUCGAGGCUUGUCUUUCCUUGGAGGAAAAGGAGCUUUUUUUUUUCCUCUGUGGGUACAGGGCAGGGUCUAGACACUGGCACAGGGGCUGGUGCAUAACAAUGUUGGAGUUAGGGGUGCUGUGUGCUUUCCUCUUCCAAGGAAGGUGAAAUGUUGUGGUUUUAUGCUUUUCUUGGCCAGGAAAGCCAGGUGGGAAGGAGAAUGAAAAACAAAAAUUUUUUAAGGGCCAGAGUGGGGUCAACCACUGACUCUUAAAGUUAGCUAUGUUUUGUGAGCUGGACACACAUGUGACCUGUGUAUGAGGUGCAGUCUGCAAGAUUGGGAUAAAACCUAUACAUUCCUGUCAGACAUGCUGACUCCAUGGCAAUAGGCAGGAUUGAACCGCUCCUAGAUUUUCUACUUCUUAUCACAGAUGGACUCUGGGAUUGGAGGCUGAAGGCCACAAGUUCCUGGAUGACUUUUCUCUACUUUGCCUCUAAGGUACCCCACAUUUCCCAGUUGCCUCUUUACUCUUCAUCUUUUGAGCUUGUGACUCCUACCGCAGGAAGUUUAGAACUUUUUCUUUACCUAUCCAGCCUGGUAGGGGUAACACCAAGCUAGAAGAAUUGGAUUUGCUCGCUACUGCCAGAGCCUCAGGUGGACCACCGUAAAAGGGCAGCUCAUAUGCCAUGCUGUCUGUCUGUCUGUCUCUCUCUCUCUCUUCACCAUCUACCUUUAGCCCCAGGAUUACUCUGGGCAUAACUUUAAAGAAUCCUAUCCUCUUUCCUCCCAGGUCUUGGCUUUCAUUAAGGGCAGUCAACAGGCACGGCAAAGGCCACAACCACAGUCACACUGCUCAAGCCUGUGUGUGCAUUCUUGGACUAGUAUUAAUUUCCAGUGACCGGUGAGGGGGCACCGACCUCACCCCAUGAGCAGCACGGGAGGAAAUGGCCUCCUAGUUCCCAAGGCCAAGCAACUUUUCCCCAGAAUGCUCAACACUCUGGUUCCUAACAGUAGGAUUUCUGGCAUUCUACCUCCCUUUAUGUGGAGUUUGGGCUCUGUUUAAAAGAGAUGGAGACUAGCGAGAUGGCCUAGUGGCCAAUAGGGUUUGCUCUGCAAGCACGAUGACUUGGUUAGAACCCUCAGCACUCUUGUGAGAAGCCAGGGGGAGCACUGGAGGGCAGAGAUGGAAGAGUCUAUAGAGUCUAUAGAUUCUAUAGGCCAGCUGACCUAGCCAAAAUUGUAAGCUGGUUCAAUAGGAGACUCUCUCUCUCUCUCUCUCUCUCUCUCUCUCUCUCUCUCUCUCUCCUUCUCUCCAUCCAUCCACCCACCCACCCACCCAGAGGCUCUGGCCUCUCAGGCACACACGAAGUUGCAUACAUCAUAUGCACACACAUACAUCACAUGCACAGACUAACUUAAAAAUAAAUAAAGAGACAACAUGGUAGGUCCUUUAUGAACAGUAACUGCCAGGUAUUAUCAGUUUUUCCCCCCUCUUUGCAUCUCAUCUUUUGGCAAAGGGAAGUAACAAGGGAGCCCUGACCGAGAUUGGAGCGCCAGUGCUUCUGACCUGUUAUUUCUGUCUGACUCCCGCAGGCACAUUGAGAUGCGCUCAUGCACAAACACUAAGACGCUAACUCACAUGACUGCGUGCUCAUGUGCCCGCAGAUGCACACAGACUCAGACAUACCCAAAUGUAUGCAUGGGCAUGCUUGCUUAUGUAGGCAGAGAGGUGGUGCAGCCUACGUGUAAACACCUGCACAUACUCAAUAUCACAGAACGUGCACAGAUGUGUACCUAUACAUGUACACAGCCGUGUGUGAAUCGGAUGGAGCUGGCCUGUGGUACGUGUUAUCUGCAGAGUCCCUGAGGCAGCCUCUGGGGGCUGGAUGUGAGGAGCCACCAUGUGUUUUGCUUCUGUGCCCCACAGAGAGCUUCAUUCUCAGACAAACAGUCCUCUAUCCUUGCCAUUCACUUAGAAGCUUCUAGAAAUGGUCCCAGGUGAAAAUUCCACCGUGCCUUAUGCUGUUCUCCUAAGUUGAUGAGUAGGGCCAGUUUAAUUUGAGGCCAGUAAAUUUUAUAAUUGGAUGUAAAUAAGUCAAGUGUGGGGCCCCUGCUUUAACACAUUACCUCGAGCGUUCUGGCCAGGGGAAGAUGCUUUCUCAUUCUAUCUGGAUCAGAUUAUUUUAUUACAGGAGCGUGAAGAUCAGGAGCCCACACGUAAUCAGGGAGUCAGCAGGUUCAUACACUACUAUCUCAUUAAAUUUUCAGGCAAAAGCUGCAAAAAUUAAUUGGAGACGUGUAAUAGUUUAGAAUGGGAACUGGCUUACGGUGAUAUAAAUUACAGGAGGAGAAGACAGCUUUAUAUACUGAGAGAGGCAAAACUGGUUUCCUUUAAUGAGAAGAGAUAGGACGAGGUGCUAUUUUUUCAUUACCGAUGCGCUCUAAAGUGUUUGGACUUCGCUGAUGAAUAGAGUUAAUUCGCCGCUACACUUCCAAUAAUUCAUGUUGCACAGUUUAAUGACUUCUAGAUAAAAACAGGAUUGAAAUGUUAAUUUCUCUGAAGAAAUCGGGCACUCUUAUAUAUCAGACAACCCCACCCCCACCCCAUCGCCAUGCAAUCGUGCAUUAAACCACUAGUUAAUUUCACUAAACAAGUAUCCAGGAUGUGCUUCUUGCUGCGGUGGUGAUGGUGUUUCCUACCUGCGUCUGCCCUUUUCUCAGUCUACACACGUGAGAUUGACAGUCGUAUGCGAGAAUCUGUUGGAGGAGCCCCAGGCUCCAUAACUCAACCUGUCAGUGGCCACAAGCUGCCACCUCCCUUCUGAGCACAGGGAACUUACUUUUUUUUUUUGGAGCUGGGGACCGAACCCAGGGCCUUGCGCUUCCUAGGUAAGCGCUCUACCACUGAGCUAAAUCCCCAGCCGGGAACUUACUUUUAGACUUCAUUGUUGUUAACCAUGAGUUUGAUUGUAUAGAUGAUUGUCCUUGCUUCCCAUUUGGGAAGCAAGGGCUAGCGAUUGGUCCAUAUUGGACUUGUGGACCAAACGUGGUUUCAUCCCAAGAAAUAUUUUAUAUUUAUUUAAUAAUUGUGUAUGUGUGUGUGUAUCUUUGCUUGUGUAGGCCUGUGCAGCAUGUGUGCCUGCAGGUGUUGGUUCUCUCUCCCUCCUUUUUUUUUCUUUUGAGACAGGGUCUCAUGUAUCCCAGGCUGGCCCCCAUAUUCAUUAUGUAGCAGAGGAUGACCAAUGCUCCUGCCAUACAACCCCUUCCCCGAAAGAGUUGAUUUUGUCCUUGCCCGUUUCCAUCAGCUGCCUUCAAGUUAGCAAGUCUCUGGUAAUCCCACAUCGGCGAAAAAUUAACUCAGCUGUAAUCAACACCAUCUAGUUUCUGGUUCGUUAGAAAUUUCAUGGUUCUUUUUAAGGCAAUCUUUCUUGACUCUGGUCUCACUGACUGGCAUUUUGGGGCCGAUAUAAUCUCAUUAUGGGUCUAUCGUGGGCACUGUCAAAGCAUGGGAGUCCCCAAGUACAGUCCAUUGUCUGUAGACUGAAGGUUACUGAAGGUUCUCUGAGUAAGACUAGCUCCGACUCGAGCAGCCCUGGUUUAAGGAAUGUCAAAAUGUAUUGUGGACCAUUUUCCUGUUCUGCUUAAGUUUCUUAAGCCCACCCCACAGUGGAGCUCCUUCUGUGGCACAGCAAUCAGCUUUCAGCCUUCCACAGGGCAGAGCAGUCUUCUGGCUGCCCUAGAGUCCUCACUCUCUCUGAACCUCCAUGGCAGAGACAGAGGCCCUGUCUCUGACAUCGCCUCCCGCCUGGUGCCUGGCUCCCUUACUCACAUGACUGCUCAUGGCAGUGCCUUUGACAGACAGAUUUACUUGUCACCUUGUCAUGGUGACAUGUUGGGAUGGCUUCGCCGCUCAUGUGCCAUUGACACUUGGCUGUCUGAAGUCAGGAUGCCGCAUCCCUCAGACUGAGUAGAGGCUUAUCGGCAGCAGGCAUAACUUAACCGCCUGCUUCCCCUGUUUCUUUAACUUUUAAUUGAAACCGCUUAGUUACCACCCCUGCUGUUAGGAAUCUGGGGACAAUUAGGAAAGUCCCAUCUGUCCUUUGAACCAUAUUAUAUUGCCCCCCCCCCCCUUUACUAUCUCAGAAGAUGGUGAAUCUUUGCAGAUAGGUCUUUGCGUGGCCCUCUUGCUUCCCACUGGCUGGGUUUUAUCUCAGUUGAAUGAGUUAUGGCAACUCUUUAAUUCAAUUAUUUUCUCUAACGCAGGCUUAGAGAUGAUUUAGACGAAUCAAAUGCUGGGCUUUCUUACUGCAAAGCAGUGACUCCCCACAAGGCUGGGGGCGGAUUUUUUUUUUUUUUUUUUUUUUAAGUUUUCACAUACAGCCACUGUCGCAGGCGUUUGUGCUACUUACCCCUCCCCCUCCCUUCUUGGCACGAGCUCCUAGUUAGUGUUCCCAAGCAUAGAUUGGAAACGGCAGAUGCCAUGGGCUUUGCCAGUCUUUCCCCAAGGCAAGGAAUUAUCUGUCCAAUGAUAUUAGGUCAGUGAAUUCCCACCCAGCUGUGUGUGGGGAGGGUGUGGGGGCAGGGCAGCCUCUGUGACUGGGGAGACCAUGUAUCAACCCAAACGUGGUAAACAAUCUCUCCUGCUUUGGUAUUUGACUCCGAGUUUCAAAAUGUGCCCUCGAUGGCAAUGUAUCACGAAACCAUCUUUAACCUUUGUGCUUUUUAAUGCGGAAAGUCUGCUCAAAAUGGGAUUUGUCACAGUUGGUGGCUGUCCCGUGUACUUGGAGGUGGUGAAAUGGUCUCCCGGGGAAGCAGGCAGGAUUAGAAAGAACAUUUAGGCUUUAGCGUUCUUCGGUGGCAGUUUUCUUAUUUACCGAGGCUGUCUGAUGUUUUCCCGAUAGGCCGGAAACCUCAGGUAGAAGUACAUAGCCAAGAGACAGUUCGGGCCAGCGGGCAUUUAACAGUUGCAGGUGAAGGACCCAGACCGAGCAGGAGAAACUUGACAGGGGUUACCUGCUGUGCCUGCAUAUGUGUAUGCUGGGUUUGGGACAGGGGGUGAUCUGUGAGGAGCACAUGCUGCCUCUGAGGAACGGGGCACAGCAACACUACCGCCCUAGCCUUUUGGGGGGGGUCACUGGCCCCAUGCGCUGUGUGAAUGAAUACCUGUGUCACUAGCGGAUAAUAACGGGUAAGUUUUGCAAGCCCCCCGCCUCCUGCACAUAAAUAAGGCCAUACUUCUGCUUGACACUUUGCAGAAGAAACAGCAGCAGCUUCCCCCACCCAUCCUCUCAGGCCUUAACUGGACAUAGGUGCUGGCUACACAAUGGUGAGCCAUCUCUGGUCUGCUUUAGGCCUGUGCUGGGCCUGACCUGUACUUAAGUGUACGGCUAUUUGACCUGCACGUCAAAGAGCUAAGUCCUGUGAGAUGAGACUGCUGCUGUGCGCAAGGACCCCCCUCUCUGGGUCUAGUCCAGUACUUGCUAGGCAGGCUGGGAGAAGGUAAAGCGCCAUCACUGGGAAGUUAAUCCCUCAGAGCUUCAAGCAGAUAUGGAAGCCAGUGUCCCCUGUCAAAGAAAGGGCUACCACCUCUAUUUUCCUACCUACUAAUUGUUGAUUCUUUUUGGCUUUUCAAGACUGUUUGUUUGUGUAACAGCCUUGGCUGGCUUGGAACUCACUCUAUAGAUCAGGCUGGCCUGGAACCCACAGGGAGCCCCAGUGCUGGGUUCAAGGCAUUGUCCACUACACCUAGCUUGUGGUUCUUUUUAAUAAAUCAAGACGUUAGGGUUAGAAAGACGACAUAACAGUUAAGAACACCCGUUAGAAGACACAGGUCCCCUUCCCGGCACCCAUGCGGCAGCUCACAGCCCCUGUAACUAUAGUUCCCUGGAUCUGAUGUCCUCCUCUGACCUCUGCAGGCACCAGCCAUACAUACAAUGCAUAGACAUACAUACAGGCCAAAUACACAUUGAAAGAAAGGAAGGACGGAAGGAAGAGGGAGGGAGGGACAGAGGGAGGGAGGAACAAAACGAAGAUUUUGGCCAUUUGUGGGUUUUGAUGGCAAAAGGGGAGACACUGGACUGCUGAUUUUCUACAGUUGUCCAUUGUUUGGUCCUCAGCAUUACAUAAAGUAGAUGUGGUAGGGCAUACCUGUAAUUCCAGCACUCAGGAGGUAGAUGUGCGAGAAUCGGGAGUCCUUGAUGUCUUAGGGAAUUCAAACACAGCCUGGGAUACGAGACAUACCAUCUUGCAAAAAUUCCUCAAGACCUCAAGCAUCGACAGCUUAAAAUGCGUAGUUGAAUGAUUUUAAGAAAAGGAAAAGACUCACUGUAGAGGCCUAAUGUACUCAAGAGGCCGUCUGAGGGUAAAUGGUGAUUUGAUCUGAGACAGAUUCUUACUGCGUUCCAGGCUGGUCUGGAUCUCAGAGAGAUGCUCUUGCCUGGUGAAUAGUGUGCUUAUUUAUCUUCAUGUGGUAGAAUUUGGGUGGUUUUGACUUUUUACAUUCCUUCUUGACCUUCCGAAACUUGUAGUGAAUGCCUGUUAUUUUUGGUGGAGGAAACUAUUGGCUACAUACUGCUUAUAUGUGAAGAAAGAAGCCACGUAAUGCGAAGCAGAGGCAAAACAAACCAUGUGCCCCUCCCCGCUCAGGAUCCCAGCCGUGCCUCUCUCCCUGACUCUUCAAGGUCUGAAGCCUCUUGAACAUUUAGAGUGAUCUUAGCACCCACUGGAGGCUGAGACCUGAUCAGCUCCUACCAGAGACUGGCUCUCCCUGUAUGCCCAUUUGUGACAGUAGAUGGCUAUUACUGAUGGCAUUCUUGUUUCCCUCUGUGGCCUUUUAGCACAUGGAUGGACUCCGGACUUCCUGGCAGUGGUUUUGGUAUGUGUAAGAGGAGUCACUUGUUUUCAUGUCUUGGUAAAACCUUAUCCCCUAACUUGCAGCCGUCUGGGCUCAAGCCCACUUCUCUAUGUUGGCUCUGCUACCUUGGGAAGAUGCCUGCUCUUCUGUGUGCCUUGGUUUUCUUCCUUCUGUCUCAUAGGCUUGUAGAGAACUAAGCAAGCAGGCGGAAGAGGUAGCUCAGUGUAGGGUGCUUACCUAGCGCGCAUGGAAUCCUGGGUUCGGUUCCAGCACUGCAUAAACCAGGCGAUGAGACACAGGCCUGUGGUCCCAUGCUUUGUAAGUAGAGGGAAGACGAUUAAAUGUGAGGAGUUAGGGUUACAGUGUAGUACAUGGCAGACCACUUACCUGGCACGUACAAGUCUCACCCCACACUCAGCCCUUAAAAUGAAAGAAAAGAGGUCUUAGAAGGAAUAAAUGAAUGAACAUUUAUUUAUAAAUUGCACAUAUCUGGAGACCUAUUAAGAAGAGCAUUGCUGGGGCUGGGGAUUUAGCUCAGUGGUAGAGCGCUUACCUAGGAAGCGCAAGGCCCUGGGUUCGGUCCCCAGCUCCGAAAAAAAGAACCAAAAAAAAAAAAAAAAAAAAAAAAAAAAAAGAAGAGCAUUGCUAACUGUGGUCACUGUCAUUGCUGUUUCCCCUGUUUUCAUGUCUUUAUCCCUUACCCGGAAGUCACGUAGAAGCAUAUAAUGUUCCUAGAGGAUAACUCGGUUCCUAAUCGAGAUUUCUAUCUAUAGUAGGUGUCAACCAAGUCCCUGGUGUUUUCCCCAGAUGCUGUAUUCAAAGGAGCAGCCCCUUGGCCGCACUUGCAUCCUCUCUUCUCUAACACCAGCAUGUUAACCUGUCUGUAGCAAGUCUUCUUUGAUUUGUCAUAGAUUUGGGGUGCUUAAUCCUGAAACUCUUUGGCCCCUGAAGCCCCAUUCUCUAAGGAAGCCAUAGUCCAGAAUUGACUAGUUGAGCUUGAGCCAGGGGCAGACAAGACUGAUCUUUCUGCCAUUCCAUUCACCUCACUGAGCUUCCCCUAAGCAGCUAGAUUGCCAGGGGUGGUUUCUUUGAGCAUUAAGAAGAGCUUACUGUGUGUCAGGGGUUUUUCUAGGGAAGUUGGUUUGUGUGAAGUACCCAUUUGUUCCCUAGUUGCUCAUUCCUGAGGUAGUGAGGUACUGGGGCUAUGUCUGCUUAUGCUUGGUGUAAGAUUCACACUGCUCUCUAUAGAUCAGCUGGCCUGUUCUUUGUAGGGUGUGGCUGUCACCAUAGUUGGUCAACUUUUCAGGGAAAAUUUGGGCUUUGUUACACCAAUUUUAGAGUUUUCCUGUCAACUUCAUAUUCUUUUGAGUCUCCUGGUGUUUAGAGGCAGGUUCACGUUAGCAGCGUCUGCUUGCCUUUUGCUUCCUUCUGUGGAAAGCAUUGGUGCGUGUGCACGCGUGUGCGUGUGUUUGCGUGCUCAUUCAGUUUUGAGAAAAAUCUGUCAGAGGCAGAUCAGAUCUGUUAAAAAUGUAUUUUACAUCAUAUUACCAGGCGCUGAAAUAUUCCAUGUAGGUUUCAGCUUGUUUUGAGGCGUAAAUAACUUCCCUUUGGGAGCUAUGACUCGCGUUGCUCCUUGUUUGAGAGGGAAGCUGGAGUGAGACUGGUCUGUCUGGAUAUAAAAUCUACAGAACUAUGGGAUGCACCUGGCUAGAGCAGAAGACAAGUCUGGAGUAGCGAAGUGAAGAGGUUUAGUCUAGGUCUUAUCAUUUAGCUUCUGAUAAUUGGGCUCUGGGAGGAGGUUAGGGGGCGCAGAAGGGUCUCCGCUGUCCCCCUUCCUUCCAUCAAGCAGAAUAUUUGGAGGUGGCUAGCUUACGUAGUACCGUGCGGUGAAGUAGGGAUUCUGAAAAUGGUAUCACUCCCCUGGGGUGGGGAGAGCAUCUGCAUGUGUGGGCUGGUGCUUAACUGGGUGUCUUCCUCAGUUGCUCUCCAAGUCAUAUACAAUAUACAGAAGCAGAGCCUUUCACUUGAACAGAGAGCUUGGCUAUAACUAGCCAGCUUGUUCUGUGAGUUCUGUCUUCCCCUCUCAAGCUCGGAGUUACAGGUUGGCCUAUGGGUGUGCUAGGGUCCGAUCUCCAAUCCUCUCUCACUUAUGUGGCAAGAACUUUACCUACUGAAGAGUCUCCCCAUUCCCAUGUCCCUGUUUUUAAUGCAAGGCAGCAUUGUGAGGUCUUGGUCAGGGCUGUUGAAUUCCAGGGACCGGAAGCACUAAGGUAUUUCCAGGAGAGACAUUCAGACAGUGUUGACUUAUCUCCUCCAGCUUGGAAGCCAUGGGCAGGUCCUGGUCAUUGGAGUGACUUCAACAUUCCCACUGGAUUGCUGAUAACACUGCUUGUUACUACAGUGGUCUGUGAUGCCGUUCUCAGAGGCCCUCUCAGUUUGCUAAGGUGGUUCCAGAAGGCGCUGCAGCUAUGCCUACAGCUGCUCUUUGGGCGGUCAAGAGACAUGUUUCUCCUGGGUCAUGGUUUAUAAUUUACACUGUUCAUGUUGGUUCUUCAUAACCACAGUAGCCUUCCAGCCCAUGCCUGUGGCCGACUGGCUUCUUAUUCAUCCUGUCAACUUUUCACUCCUACUGACUGGCUGCUGCCAUUCUGUGUGCUGCAUCUAUGACACACACUAGGUCCUUUCCGUCUCAGUGGCAUUUUGUUUUUCUCUUUUGGCUCCUGGGUUUGUUACCCUUCUCAUGACUCCACAAAGCAUUUGCAGAGUUCCCCUAAGGUCUGGUGCAGAGAAAAGAAUACUUGUCCCCAAGAGUACAGCGUAGUUGGGGACCAUGAAAAAAUGGCUAGUUCAUUGGUAAAGGCACUGAGACCCACACUAGUCCACUUCCAAGACAGAUCUUCUUGCAUACUGGCGUGACAGGGCACCAGGCGUCCCCCAAAGGGUACACUUCUGGUAGAUGGAAUUGAACAUGGAGGUCACGAGUGUUCAAGCAAAUUAGGUGUGUUCCUAGCCCAGCAGAAAGACUCUAGGAGAAAUGUGUUAAGAUAGGGAUUGUGAGGCCCAUGGGCCCAAGGAGUGAGUCAAUGAAAGGAAUGACAAAGCAGCUGGCCAUGGCUGGUCCCAGUAGGACAUCCUCUCUCUGUUUAUUCCUUCUGCAUAGAUCCAGUCUGUUGAGGACCAGCCUGGGGAACGGUGGUGACCUGCCCUCAUCUCUUUAGGGUUGAGAUCAGGGCUGAAAGAUGAGGUCAUGUUCUUGUUACAUGUUUAUUCAUUCGGAAAUUGGUGUGUGGGUGUGUGUGUCUGGCUCCCACACCUGUGCUGAUGUGCACACACAUGCAUGUGAGGCACAGUUCUUCGAGUUCUGCAACAGCCCUGGAUGAGCUUAUGCUGACUGAGAUUCAGUUUUAGAGACAAAACACUCGUCCUGGUUGGUUAUUUCCAUGCUGGCUUGGUGUCAAACUGAUGAUAGGUUGCUUCAUUCUGACUUGCUGGGCUCUUACAGAAGUCGGGCAAGGAGAUGUCGAUCUAUAAUCUCAGAUCUUCAAGAGGCUGAGGCGGGAAAACUAUAAGAUUGAAGUCUGAAUUAGAGUGAGUUCAAGGCCAGCCUGAGCAGUUUACCGAGACUUUGUGUUAAAUUAAAAAAGUGGGGGCGGGGGAAAACAGGCUGGGAAUUAGUUCAGUGGUUCAGCAUUUGCCUAACACACGACAUUCUGGGUUUAACCUUCAAUAUUUCUAAGUAAAUAAUAAAAGACGUGCAGAUUCAGAGUCUGCUGAGGGUCCCCCAAAAGUGGCACUUUCUUGGUGUAUGCCAAGACGGAGGGCUGAAGGGGCUUUCCUGGGAGAGCUUUAUAGUCAUGGUUCAAUCAACUGUCUGAUGGCCCACCUCUGUUAAUACUGUGUCCUGGGGCUGGAGCUUGCUCCAUAGGAACUGGAGGGUACCCAAGCAUGUCCACCAGGACAUACAUACUUUGGGCCAGGAGCCACUUUGGUAGGUGCAUUGGGCAUGGGGCCUCUUAAGGGAACACUAGAUUAGAACUAAAGGAGACUGUGUAGGGGAGAGCUGAAGAAGGAGCCUCUAGCAAGAGCUGGCAAAGAGUGGGGAGGAGUGGGGAGGCGCCUGGGGAAACUGCAGAGAGCAUGAAUGGCAGGCAACCUAACAAAUCUUUUGUUGCCAUCAAGGUCUCUAGUAAAUUACUAGGUCGGCAUGAUGUUUUCAGACUCAACCAUGUCUUAUGGGGGUGGGGGGAGGUGUCCAUUUUUACCUGAAAUGAUGUAAGUAAGUAAAGGGAUAGAACGGGGCAAAGAAAGCUAUGACCUAUGAGGUGCACAAUGAAAUGGGGCCAUCUCAAGUACUAGCACUCUGGAGGCUGAGGCAAGGAUUUAGUUCAAAAUCAGCCUGGACCACACAGUAGAUGUUUUAGAGAGGGGACGGAUGAGAGGUGGGGAGGAGAAUGAAUGAAUGAAUGAAUGAAUGAGGAAGAGAAUAAGAACACUCCUGCUGAGGUGGCAGCUUGGGGAGGGGAAGGAACCACACUGCAACCUGGAGUGCUGUUUUCUAGCCUCACACCCUCGGAGCAGAGCACCCUCUCAGUGCUGCUGUCGGAGGCUCUUUGCCCUGAUUUCAGAAGUAAAGCUUCCCGUUCUCCCUGGAGUCAGAGAUGGAAAUUGUCUCCGGCUAAUAGGAUCUUUGCAACAGCUAAAUCCUCCACUAAACACUUUAUGUAACUGCUGUUGCACCCAGGGUAGCUCCCCUCACCAUAUGUCUGUGAAGCUCUCUUUCACUGUCAUUAAAGAGAGUCAGCCCUGUGCAGGAGAAGGAGACAGGAUCCCGCUGGAAUCACUGUCUACACCAUCGUUUCUUGGCUGCUUAAGUUGCUGUCAGAGCAGCGCAGGAAUCUUAGAGGAGGGAGUUUUCUCUGAUAUGAUUAUGCCGUUAGUAAAAAUGUUGGCGGCUCUUAUAAAACUCUUGAUCUCGGACUAGGCAGCUGUUUGCAAUCUGCCUCCCUUUUCCUGUUGAUGGAUUAGUGUGAAUGAAGGCUUAGGUGAUAGGUGGCGACUUGAGGGCGGAAGGUGCUUUUUGUUGUCUCCAGCCAAGACUUGGGCUGUUGGAGGAGCUCCAGGUUGGACUAUCGUUCCUGGGUCGGAUGUCCCUGGUUGAGGAGCCUGGUGUGCCGUUGCUAAGAAGUAGGCUUUGUUUGCAUGGAGGCUGGGGAAUGUUCAAGGACAAGUACACUUUGCUGAUGUGGGGAAGACAGAGUUCAGGGUUAGGUGUUGAGUACCAGCUGUAACAGGUGGCAAGGUCAACACCCCCUGGAACUGUUUGGGGUAGCAGAGAGGGGGACAGUUGGUGCAGAACCACAGGACACCUUGGUGGGAAAGAGUAACAAUGGUCAAGAAUGCAAAGUGAAGGAAGGAAGUGUACAGCAUCCUGGGUGGGUCUGACCUGCCCCAUUUAACCAUACACCAGGUCAGGGAACAAAGGAUGGGUGAAGAGUUUAUCGGUGGUGUUUCUGACAUCCUGGCUAGAAAUCUGCCGAUACUGAGAUACUGUGGGGCUGGGAGUUCGUUUCCAGAGUACCACCUCUCAAUGUCCUCUCUUCCCAGACAGGGAUACUGUAUUGAGUGGCUAUUGGGUUUAGAGGCUCUACUUAGAAGGUGGCCCCUCUGAAGCAAGCGAGGGUGGCCUCUUAGAUCACCUCCUGCUGAAUCAGACACCUAACUCAGUCAGUCAGUCACUUUUCUGUGGCUGCCAUGGGCUCAAAAUAGAAAGAUGACUGGGCCGGUCUCCCUGACUGCAUUGCUCCAAUGUUGCUGGGGGUAGCUUCGGAGCUAUGGGCUGGCGCUCGUGUGGGCUGUGGAGGACGAGUGCAGCCUUACUUUUUGUCCCAGUCAUUGUUUGGACUGCAUAGCCAUAGUAAGUAACAUGGCAACGUUUCCUCUUCCAGACCGGGAAACUGAGUCUGGGCAACUCAUAUUCCUGCAGGACAUGUUUGUGUGCACAGCACAACCCUACCCAGUGCUGGCCAGCAGUCACUGACACACGUUCUUGUUGGUGGAGCUGUAGGGUGGGCAGCAGAUGUCCUCAGGACUUCCUUCCCUCCAGGGCAGGGUGCAAUUUUUCUUGGCAUCCUGAUGUGAAAUCCAGAGAGCUGUUCUGGGAAACUAGGACCAGCUUAGUGUAAGUGGAUUGAGAACGUGUGCUGCUCAGACUGCCUCAUAGGUGGAUUUGGUGUCAGAGUUAGGCUCAGAACCUUAGAGGUAAAAUAUCAGAGUUGCAUCAUUUAGUCCUAUGGGUGCUAAGUAUCAACAGCUGAGAUGGCAGAGGUAGCCAGGGGCUUCCCUGGACCUCCUGGCAGUCUUAGCUGUGACCCCCAGUCUGGCUCAGAAGAGGAUGUCUUAUUCUUGCUUGUUGGGCCCCAUGCAGACCUUGCCUGGUUCACUGUCCUGUGAGCUAAUAUUGCAGGAAGCGAAAUGCUGAAGCACUUGUCCUCGAUCAGUUGUCUGUGGUACAGCGAUCAUGGAGACUGUAUGUGGAUGUGACUUGAGCAGCCACCACAGUCUAGUCACAGGGGAAAGUCAUAGCUCUCUGAAAACGGUACCCGGGGCAAGGGUAUUUUAUUAAGGGUUGGAUUAUAUUGUAAAGUCAAAAAUCAUUACACAAGCAAGAAGUUCUCCCGGAUGUGCUACUGUUGGUCUGCCUGAGUGACCAGAGGGGCCGAGUCAUUCACGGUCCUGCUUGCUGCCUAGGGACAAUCGGCGUAUGGGCAGGUCCUGUCCCUGACCCCACCUCAUUCGCUGUAUGGUCCACUUGGUUUGAUUACCGGAGAGGUUAACUUCAACCACGUGGUAAAGAUACUGCCUCACCGUUUUCCUCUCUGUAAAGCUCAGGGGCUAUGCCACAAUGUCCUGUGACUUCCUGCUGACUCUCAACCCUGACAGGUCGAGCUCUUCUGAUCUAUAGUCACGGUGAUUGCUAAAUGGUCAGACAUUGCUAUGCAGCUUUGUCUGCUCAUGUUUCUUUCUUUGGAGACAUCCCUGUAUAUUGUGGGGAUUCCCGGCUUCUUCAUCUACUGUGUUAUAUCUGGGUGUUGUCAUUAUAGUUUGGCCUUCAGAUUAAUUCCCAUGUGACCAGCGCUUUCUUCGGGCAGGCUAUAUUAUUAUUGUGUCUCUUUGUCAUGUCUUAACUCUUGGACCAGAACUGAAGAUGUGCGGUGCCCUUCUCUGGUUUUAUGUGUCGUGUUAUGCUGCAUCUGGAUACAGAGUGGAGCAGACAGUGUUGCUUGAGUGAUGGAUCCUUGCUGGUGGGUGUCACCCACAUGGGAUCUCCUGCCGUGGACACAGCAAGCCAUAGUUCCCAGUGAAUUCAAAGGUUCUUGGCCUCUCAGACAGGAGACCCGCUGUCGACCUUUGGGGCACAGCUUGAGACCCGCGUCAGGCCCUUCCAGAUGGGCCAUGGCUAAAGUUCCCUCAUUCUGUAAAUAAUUUAUGACUUCAGCUGCUUUGGACAUGGGUUUCUUCUUCUGCCUUCUUUUUCCAUUUUUAUGUUGUUUGAGUGCAUCUGGGGACCUUUUGGCUUUAGACCAUUGAGUUCAUUUUAGGAGAGAGCCAGAGAGGAUAGUGUUUCCAAGGGGGACACCCAAGACAACCCAGAUUUUAGCCCUAGGGAAUGUUGGGGUUUGAUUGCCUCUAUGAUCAGUCCCUAUCACUCUAUAGUUCGGACAGUAACCAGCCUCUCACCCCACUACCCUGACCCUGCUGGAUUGUUCUGUGCUUGCUAAAAGAAUAGGUAGACUCUUGGUGCUGGAUAUGGGCAUGUGCUUGCUCUCUAAUCCAGAGACUUCUACAUUUCUCUUUACAAGUUUUGACUUCUGUUUCCUUAAGUAGACUUAUGGAAGCUUGAUUUACCUGCGUCUUAGUGAAGUUAGGCAGAGUGUAAAAUGCCUUCAUGGUAGUUGAAUUUACACUCUGUUAAAAUGAUUUGUUCACUUUGCAGAAAGCCGUGAUAUUAGAAGCAUAAAUAUUCAGCAGUGUUAACUCAGGGGAAGAUUUUAUUUGACAGGAUUGCAGCAUGUGCCGAGACACAGACAGGUUCAGAACCGUUUAGCAUGGUGGCCAGUAAUGGGCAGAGAGCGCCAGCUUGGGUUUUAAAAUUCAGCCUAAAACAUUGGCAAUCCACAGGAAAAGGUGUUAAGUCCUUCUUUGCUGGUUUGGAGUGGAAGUGGUUUUCACUGAAGAAGAGCUUGUGGUUUCUGUUGGUCUCUGCUUCGUCUGAGAGAAUGUCUGGUUAAUAAAAUCACCGCUGAGGGCAGUCCCCUGUCUUGAUUUUGUGGCUGAUUCUGUGCAAGUGAUUUGGAGCUUCUGUCAGUGGGAACACACGAUCCUGUGAGAGUGGACCAGUGAGUGCGUGCCCAUUUUGGGACGUUUUAGGGAAAUUAAUGGGCUGUUGGUUCUUUACCCACUAUGGUGUUCACAUUCAAACAUUGACUUGAUGUCUCUGUACACAGUGGGCUGUUUCAAAACGGCCUUCUUUGUUAUCUCAGGAAAGCUAGCUACUAUUUGUAAGUCUCAGUCUGUGCUGGCCGGUUUUAUGUGUCAACUUGACACAAGCUGGAGUUAUCACAGAGAAAGGAACCUCAGUUGAGGAAAUGCCUCCAUGAGACCCAGCUGUAAGGCAUUUUCUCAAUUAGUGAUCAAGGGGGGAGGGCCUAUUGUGGGUGGUGCCGUCCCUGGGCUGGUGGUCUUGGGUUCUAUAAGAAAGCAAGGUGAGCAAGCCAGGGGAAGCAAGCCAGUGAGCAGCACCCCUCCAUGGCCUCUGCAUCAGCUCCUGCCUCCUGACCUGUUCCAGUCCUGACUUCCUUUGGUGAUGAACAGCAACAUGGGAGUGUAAGGGGAAUAAACCCUUUCCUCCCUGAUUUGCUUCUUAGUCAUGAUGUUUGUUCAGGAGUAGAAACCCUGACUAAGACACAAUCUAUGUAAACAUAACCUGAUGGCAUAGGGCCUGGGUACUGAGGGAGUUCUACUUCUUUAAGCCUGGAAGGUCACCCAAGUAGAUUACAGGCCACUUGACUGUGGUUUCAAGUAUGUCCCUCUGUCCUGCCAGAGGUAUAGCCUACCAGCCUUUGAAUUAACAGGUGUGCAAGAUUGUGCUUCCUGUUUUCUGUAGGCUGGGUGGGCAAAAGAACCAGGAACCUGCCCACAGAGCAAGGUAACAUCCUAGUGGCUCCUGAACUUCUAAGGGAAAAUUGAGGCACUCAUCAGUUGAGGGCCGGUACCUAGCAUGCCCCACCCCCCCACCCCGAUUUUAAAAAUUGGUCAGUAAGAUCCAUGCUGGCCAUGAUCAGUGAUUGGAAAAGAGGUGGAAAGAAACAUUGCCUUUGAUGAGGCCCAGAUUAAAAUGAAAGGGAGAGUCAGAAUACCUGUAGGUGUCUAAAGAUUCUCAUGAGUGCGGUCUUGGUUGGUAGCGUCCAGUGUAGGCUCUGCUUGCCUUUCUCAUAGCCUGACCUGCCUAUGACCUUACAUCUUAAAGAGGCAUAGUCCUGAAGUCAGCUAUGCCCAAAUUUACAGAGAUUGGAGAUGUGUUUUGGGUUUAGAAAGAUGUAGAUGUUAGGAGAAUCUUGGGGUGGCUACAGGGCCAAUAGCUCUUAGAAUUGGGAUGGCAUUGACCAGUAGACUAAUUGGUCAGUGGAGUUCACUUGGGAAGAAUGCAUGUGAUAAUUGGUAAUAUCUCAGCUUUAAUGGCGGAGAGUUCUAACACAGAGGACUCAGGUUUGGUUCCCAGCACCUACAUGUUGGCUCAGUAACUCCAGUUCAGGGCAUCCAGUGCCAUCUUCCGGCCUCCCCUGGCUCAGGCAUGUACACUCAGAUAUGUAAGAUACUCAUACACAUAAAGUAAAGAUAAAUAAAAAUAUAAAAAAAGAAUUGAUAACAAUACCUGAGUCCUGAUUAAUACAAAAAGCUAUUCUCCUCAGGCAUAUUGAAGCCUGUGGCCCCUCAGGAAGCAUUUCCCAAAUGUUUCCUCUAAUGUUCUCCCCAGUGUCUAAGCCUGUGACACCCCUGAGACGGGAGUCUGCUUGUAUCUGGAGAAGCUGUGGUGACAAGUUCACAGAACAAGGACAGUUUUAGAGGUGGGCUGGUGAACAGCCGCCUCUCUUUCCCUACCAGUACCUGCCUCCAAAGUCAGGCCUGGUUCUUUAUCCUCAGUGGCCAAGAUGGACGAUAGAGGCGACAGAUUCCAAGCAGAGGCCUCCUCAGACUAACUGCUCAGAGAGGUAAACUGAGGCUAGUUUGGGUGUAUGGAGCACGGUUACCAGCCACAUCAUCCUCACAGCCUUUUCAUGGUAAAUUUCAUCACCUAACCUGGUCUAUUCUUCUGAGCAAGUUCCUGUUUGUCCUCAACAGAGAAAGGCCUUUUUGUUGAAAAUCCCAAGCACAGAGCUUUCCAGAACGUGUUGUUGGGCACAGCUUUAUUCUUUGAUCCCUUCAGAAGAUUAAACUCUGGCUGGUGUUGGCUGCCAGGUCAAGCGAAGGGGGUGGGGGGACACUGAGGAAAGCUAUUGUUUGAGUGCAGGCAGCUUGGAGCCUGGCACGAGGUCCUUCCUUCCCUGUCUUUAACUCCUCCUCUUACUCUAGGAACCUGGAUGAGAGGAAGAAACACCUGCCUUUGUGUCCUUGUCAAUCCACACUUCUUGCCUCCACGCUCCUAUGCAUGAAGGAACUCCAUCCGGUUCUCCUUGCCUCAUAUGUGCCAGGAACCGGUCGUGUUUUCUGUCCCGAAUCUCAUGACGUGUUGUGAAAAUGUAGCUUUUCUUUGUAUACAUGAUCAAUGUCUUUUUCUUUCUGUUGGUAGUGGUGCCCCACGUAUCUGUGUAUGCAUGCAUGAGUACAUGUGUAUUAUGUGAUAAAAGUGAACUUGUGUGUGUAGGUGCACACACCUAUGGAGAACAUGUUUACCUCUGUACCUUUGGCGUGUGUAUGCUGUAUUCAUGUCUAUGGAAGGGCCAUACUAUCGUGUGUACCUAGAAAUCUGAAGACAAUAUUGUGUGUCUCCCUUUAUCACUCUCCACUUUAUUCCCUUGAGGCAGGGUUUCUUACUGAACAUGGAGCCAGGCUGUCCGUCGGCAUACCCCAGUGACUCAGCACUGUGGCUUCAUACAGACACAUGCACACACAUGUGCACACACUCAAACAUACAUAGUCUCUGCCCAGUUUUUUUUUUUUUUUUUUUUUUUUUUUUUUUUGGUUCUGUUUUUCGGAGCUGGGGACCAAACCCAGGGCCUUGCGCUUCCUAGGUAAGCGCUCUACCACUGAGCUAAAUCCCCAGCCCCCUGCCCAGUUUUUUUUUUUUAUGUGAGUGCUGAAGAUUUGAAGAUUCAAACUCAGACCCUCGUGUUUGUACAGCAAGCACUUCACCAAAUGAGCCAUUGCUCUGUCCCACACCUCAUUUUCUAUGUAACUUAGGAAGCCUUCAAAAUGCUUCUGCAAACAGAAGAGCUUUCCUGGCAUAUGUGAGCCAUCAACUUGGUUUCCUUCCAAAAUGGAGGCAUGGUGCAUCUGGGCAUGGUUGUUGGCCCAACCUAUUCAUUCACUACAGGAAGUGAAAGUUUGCAUGACAUCACCAUAGGGUUAUUUCUUGUUGCUGUAAUUAGUAGACUAGCAGGAAGUCACUGGACAGAUGAUUCUUGGCAGAACAGACCAUUUAGAGGAGGAAGGCCAAGAAGGAGGCCUGGAGAGGAAACAGCAUUUUGCAAGUUCAGACUCUUCAGGGAAGAAUCUGGCGGGUCAUGGUCAUCCUUGGGAACAGAGCUGCCUCUCGCUUAUAUGGGCACAACUCUCUCAAGCCCCUUUGCCAUGGCCACCCCAAAACCGCUCUGCCCUGACCACCAUUGGUGUCAGAUAUUUCCACUCACACCAUCACUCGGUGAUGCUUUGGGGGCAGACUCUGCCUCUCAGAUCCCGGGUGCUAAGGUGGGUGAGUGCAGAGGGGAGGGGCAGGGCAGAGUUGAGGCACCCACAAAGGAACUAGAUGAAGAAGGUUCCUGGGAGAAACUCUGGUUUCCAAGAAAAGCAACAUUGUUUAGGCCAUCGUUUAGGUCAGGCUGUAGAGGGUGUGUGGGGCCUCCUGAGCUGACUGAAGGGUCCUUGUUAGGGAAACCGGGACUGGAGCCCUGGUUUGAGGAAGAUGCGAGGUGCAAGGGUUGGUGUGUUACGUCCCUGUUUUACAAGGCUCCCUGGAAUGUAGGAACAUCGAGGAGAAGGUUGGCUGUGGGCUUCAGUCAGGCAUCUUGGAUUUUCUUUUAAUGGAAACAGAAGGCUCAUUGGUCAUUUUAACUGUUUCUGUGGCAAUAUUCCCAUUAGUGUUUCUGUUCAUUGUCCUCUGUGGAGGUGGCAUUGAGGCACAAGUGUCCACUUGAGAAUUCUCUUGCCAUCUAUCUAGCCUUCCCACCUCUUAGCACCCCUGUGGUGGUUUCUGGUGAUUCUAUGGAUUCAUAGUGUUUGAAGGUGAUUUCAGUUGCGUCUUCCUGAUGCGAUUAGGCCCUGUUUCUAGCUGUGCUGGCAGUGUCCUGAGCAGUAUCCGCCAGACUUCAGUGUCAUCAUCUGGCUUAUGGUCUUACAGAACGGUGUAGGCCGAUAACUUACAGUGAACAGAAAUUGACUGGCCUCUAGUUCUGGUGGCUAGGUCAAAGGUCUAUGGUCAAAGGGCCCAGCGUGAUGAGGGCCUCGUGGUCAGCCAUUCCACAUCAGAAAAAUAAAAAAGGGAAGGAAAGCAGAUAAAAGGGGGCAGAAUGUGCACCCUCUUUCCUUUCUCGCCUUUCCCUGAACUGGAAUUUGAACUCUUAUGAGGAAGGUUACCGUUCCUUGGCCUUAUCUGUCCUUGAUUGAGUCAUCCAACUCUUGGUCCAGGGAGAACCUUCUCUAUAUUUGUGUUUAGGAAGACAUUCCAAUCUUACUGUGUUAGAAAUGUAGGAAUUCCUGGCAUAUUCUAGCUGUAAGGCCUACGUAGGAUGCUUGUGUUAAAAUAGUCCUCACUGUGUGUUCCUGCUUCCUCGCUGCCUUAAAGUAGUUUUUGUUGUUUUCGAUUAAAGAUUUAUUUUAUUUUUAAAUAUGCUUGUGUGCGUGUAUGCACAUGAGCACAGGUGCCUGUGGAGAUAUUAGAUUAGAUCCUGCUGGAGCUGGGAUAACAGGUAGUUAGAGAUAAACUCUCCGUUUUCGGGGCUAGAAACCAAACUUGGUUCCUUAAGGGACUGUACACGCUCUUAACCUGCUGAGCCAUCUCCCUAGCCAGUUUUGUUCUGAACCAAAUCUGUUGUUAGUGUUAGCACCUUUAAUGCUGCGUUUCAGCAGCCAGUCCACCUGAGGUCCCUUGCCAUUUUCCAGGUUCCAUGUAGAAGUCUGGGGGUUUAACUUUCUGGUAUCUUUUCACAUGAGCAAUGAGAAAAGAAUGGUGGGUCUAGGUUCUUGGGGGUUUUUUUUGUUUUUUUUUUUCCCCCCAGUUUCCUGGGCUCUGCAUGUGGUAGUCAAGGUCAAGGCAAAUUCCUGAUUCUAUAGACAGCCGCCGUCAUUGGAGCUCACGUGUAGACAGGCCCAUCACGUCUCUGCAAAUGUGUCAGAAAGCAAGUGAGGAUUUGGGGGAGAACCUCCAGGUGUCAAAGGAAAGGGCAGACAGACUCAGCUUCAAGGCAACAUGUCAUUCCCAGACGGAGGCCAGUCCCGGUUUGGCUAACUCAGAGGCAGUGCGCUGUGACUUCUCCCCUACUUAGACCUCACUAUCUUGUUGAAUCAGCAACUGUUGAGGAAGAACAGCCUCGGGGCACUAUGAAAUACCUGGUAGAAAGGCUAAAGCAGCAGGAAGUAAGUGUGCAAGGUUCUUAAAGGGACAGCAAGCAAUUACUGGAGGAUAAGGAAGAAUUUAGUGCUUUGGUUUCACAAUGUUCCCUCAACCACAGUUAUUUUAGUGUUGAAAGAGCAGUGUUUGCUAUAAAGGAUAGCUCCCAGCCAGGUCUUUAUGGCCUUGCUAACAUUGCUAGCAAGAUGUCUUUAACAGGUUGGAUGUAGAGGAUCCUUUGUCAUCCCAAGUCUGUCUGUCUGUCUGUCUGUCUGUCUGUCUGUCUCUCUCUCUCUCUCUCUCUCUCUCUCUCUCUCUCUCUCUCACACACACACACACACACACACACACACACACCCCUUGAACAUGACCUUGAACUUUGAUCCACCUUUUUCUACCUCCCGAGUUCGGGAGUUACAGGUCUACACAACCACAUCUGGCUUAUGGUGCCAGCAUGACUGGAAUUGGGACUACUCCUGGCACCUAGGUUGUAUAGGAGAGGAAUGCUAACAAACUCAGCAAAGGCAUAGAACAGUCUCUACCACAAAGACUUGUCCCACACAAAACAUCAUCAGUGCUUUAGCUGUGAGAGCCUUUGGUACUCACGGUGCUUAUAAAAUUGUCAACAUCUCACAGCCACUGAACAGUUUGGGGCUGCAGCCCAAGGAGCCCACAUCUGGACUGUAGAGUUAAGAGCAGAACCCCUUGUCACUGAGGUUCAGUGAGGGAUCACACAGCAUCUGGCUCAAUGCUGGCCAUACGGAAUGAGUCUGUCGUGGACCACUCAGGUCAUCUUGACCCCUGGCACCUGGCAGCAAGUCUGAACACAGGUCAUUUUAUAUGCCAAGUCCCAACAAACCAAUAUUCUCUAAGAAUCUUUUGAUGAAAUCUGUCAAGCUUUCAUUUUAUGUCAUAAAUCCCUACACAAAUCAAGGUUGUUUGAUUUACCUCACAAAAAGUGUUUGCUGGGCAGGAGAGAUGGCUCAGUAGAUAAGCCACAUAAGUGUGAGGACCUGAGUUUGACUGCCCAGAACCCAUAUGAAAUACCGUGUCUGUAAUCUCAAUGAUCCAAGGGUGAAAUGAGAGGCCGUGAUACGAGAAUCCCAGAGAGAUCAUAGGACAGCUAGCUAGCUUGGUGUGUGUAGCAGCAAAUGAGACCAUCUCAAACAAGCUAGGUUCGACGCCUCAGGCUAUUCUCAUGCAUGCUUCGUGUGUGUGCGUGUGUGUGUGUGUGUGUGUGCAUGUGUGUGUGUGUGUGUGUGUGUGUGUGUGUGUGUGUGUGUGUGUGUUUAAAAUUGUUUUUUAAAAAAGUGUUUCGUGCCAGUUGGUUUCUGAUUCAUUAUAUGUCCAUUUUGUGCAAGAUGCUCAUGGUUUAAGCAAUGUGGGUCCCAUAGAUUGAAUUGGGUAUAUAUUUGAGCUUUUUCUAAAACAAACAUCACCAGUAGUAGAUGAAUUUGCAAAUCUAUUCCAACAGCAGUAGCCUCUGCGGUUUCACAAAGAGAAAAAGGAAUCUUGAUAAUCAUGGCACACUUGACUUGGGUGAGCCUGUUUUGGGAUCUACCAUGGCGGUGCUCCCUGCCCUGAUGACGCGUUCUCUGAAGGUAGAACCUCCACUGUUUGUCAUUCUGCCAUGUCUGUCUUCUGUCUACUGUAUCCGUCAGUUUAAGUGAUGACUUAAGUAAUGAUUUCCAGAACUGUAACCAACGGUUUUGUUAACAAUUUGGGGCCCUGUGAGGUAAUGCCCAGGCAGUGCAGGGGUAGGCGUGUCCUGAACCUCAGAGAAGAACCUUUUCUCUGGUUUAACAGCAGUGCAGAGCCUGUUGCCCUGGGCUUGUUCCCUGUUGCCCUGGGCUUGUUCAUGUGCCUGUAGCUGCAGGUGGCUGGGGGUAGGGCACACCUCUUGGUAUUCAGUGAGCCAUAGCAUUGGGAGCAACUAGAAAUUGGCACCUGGUACUUCUUCCCUGUCGUCUUUUUGCAUGGGCUGCUUUGGGGCUGGAUUUGGCAUAUCGGGAGUUGUAUCCUUAAAACUUGGAAGAAACCCCAUCCUAACCUCUAAUCUACUGCCCUGGCCCUGCUGUGUCUGUCACAUGGUGGCGCACUGACCUGUCCUCCUGCAUAUAUGAAAGUCACCAGAUUCCUUCUCCGGCCUUCCUUCUGUUUCUGGCUUGGUAGCUUUCAGUGACCAUCUACGCCAAGGAGUUUUGACAUGGUGGUCUGAAUCUGUAAUUUGCAAAGUUGAGUUAGUUUGCUGAUCUCUUCAUUCUUUCUUGGAAGGAAGAUUACUGGACUCUGGUUCUAGGAUAUCUCUGUUGGCUAGAAGUUCCUUUUGCUGGUUUUCCCUUCAGCACCCCUAGUGAGCCUCGCCUUUGUGAUGCCUCCUUGUCUAUGCCUGGGUCCUUUGGCUGGCUGUUGUGGCUCCAUUUCCUUCGAGGCUCGGGUGUUCACUGCCAUCUUUCUAGUCUCGCUCCUGUCUCCUUGCUCAGUGGUUGGAGUCUUGGAUGCUGGAUGAGUGCCCUGUUGGCUUAGACUGGAGCCAGCCACACAAGUAGCUGACUUUUGUUAGCCAGCUACCCCUUCCUCAGGCAGCAGGCAGUUCACACAGAGUGUGUGGUGUUUGUUUCUCAGUGUCUCCUUCAUGUUCCAACCCCCUGGACCUCUUCUCUAAUGCCAUGCCCAAACUGUCUGUCAGCCCAGCUAUUUCCAGGACCUCCCUUACAGACUUACAGAGUACAGGACUUAGAAACCCCUCCUGGGACACUGAACAUUUGAGCGUGUAGAGGGAAUAGCUUCUACGUAAAGUGAGCUGAGGGAAGAAAUCACCACAGGGAGACAAUGGGAGGAAACAGGUAUCUUUUUUUUUUUUUUUUUUUUUUUUUAAAUUGAGUCUAGGGCUGGAGCGAUGGCUCAGUGGCUGAGAGCGCUGACUGUUCUUCCAGAGGUCCUGAGUUCAAUUCCCAGCAACCACAUGGUGGCUCACAACCAUCUGUAAUGGGAUCUGAUGCCCUCUUCUGGUGUGUCUGAAGAUAGCUGCAGUGUACUUAAUAUAUAAUAAAUAAAUAAAUCUUUUAAAAAUGAGUCUAAAAAUUAUUUUAAAAUUCUUUGUUAAGAGCAAUUUGAGACUUGGCAGAAAAAUUGAGAAAAUGGUAUGUGCCUGUUUGUCUCCUACCCAGAUUUUCUUACUAGUCUCUUAAGUUAAGGUCAUGUUUGUUUGGUUAAUGAAUCAGUGUUCGUGCAUUGUUAAUAACUAAAGGCUAUAUUAUAUUUGGAGAGGGUAGUCUUUUCUGUCAGUCUCAUUAAAUUCCUCUGUUGGGAGCCCUGUAAGGAAAAAGAAAUAAUUUCAUACGUCUGGUUUCUGUUCUACUUCUUGUUUUGCGGGGAGGGAAGGAGUGAAUCAGUAGACCAUCCAGUGUGAUCCUUUAUGAAUUGGGCAUUGGUAAAGUUUCCUCCUGGUUAGCAGUGCCCUCCCUCCCUGCCUUGGAAGUAACUGGAAACUCUGAGCACAUCACGUCUUUUGGUUGUCAUAGAUGCUUUGUGGGUCAGACCUCUCCUGACUCCCGAUUGUUAAGAAUUUUAAACCUGAAGAUUGUCGUGAGGGUUGGUUUUCAGUUAUAAUUAAUAUCAGCAGAAGGGGCUAUUGGCUACUCCAGACUGUCCGUAGAAGGCAUUGGGUGUUACCCUGGCAUGCCCAGAGAAGUGGGGAGCUAGCUGGGAGUGACCAACCUUCAAGCUGUCUAGGGAUAGUGUUCUGGGAGGGUGCCUGCUUGGGGGCGGGGUGUUCUGCCACGGGCCCUUCCAUGAACACUGGUAUAUACUGUAAGUAUAUCUCUCCCAGCUGUAGAUUGAGGAGAUUAGAAGUGUAACUAAAUUGUAUAAGGUCACAUGCAGGAAUCCACACAACCUCAGAGGCUGAGGGUCGAUUGUUUGCUAGGCAGGAUUUGAGAACGCACAAGACCAGUCCCAGGUAAGGCUCCUGGGUGUGUGCUGCUUGCUAUGUUUCUGAUUUCAUUGUAGCCCACAGCCUGUCUUGUGGGAAGAACAUUCUCAGUUUUAUUGACCACUAAUCUAGUACUGGCAGUUGACCCAAGGCUUUGAAAUUGCUGCUAUUCUCUUGCUAGAACCUCCCAAGGAGCUGGGAUUACAGGCUUUUGUACCACCCUGCCCAUCUGCUUUCUAGGUCUUGGUAGAGGUUGCUUUUUUGAGGGAAAGAGGCUGGGUCUCUGUGUGUAAAUUGAUGUUUUCCUUAAUUUUAGGUUAGUAGCUUUGUGAAUCCCUGGAUGUAAGACUUUUAGAGAGGUAACUAGAAACAGUUCAUCUGGUCAGAAGAGAGACGGCCUCCACAGUUCAGGAAGGUCAUUGGAGCAGAACUCUGGAUCCACCAUAACCCUUCCCAGAAUCCUCUGGAGCGGGGGUCACCAGAGCUUAUUGCCUGGCAACAAAAUUCACCUGCAGUGUUGCAUCUUCCUCUUCCUGUAGCUUCUGCUUAUUGUAUAUGCCAGCUGAGGUGCGGCAUAGAAGGAAUGUUUUUCCUUCCUCAUAAUAACAGAGCGGCCCCAGACUCCAGGACGGAACCCUUGCCUUUCCUACUACCAAGAUUCUGGUUUCAGCAAAGGGUUCAUAGUGGCGCAAUGCACGCAGACUCCUGCGAGUUCCCCUAAGUUCUUAGCGGACUGCUUUGCCUUUUGAAUCAGAGAGUUGCAAAGUUCGAUAAAGAAUGGCCCUUGUGGAUAAGCACAAAGUCAAGCGGCAGCGUUUGGACAGGAUUUGUGAAGGUAUCCGCCCCCAGAUCAUGAACGGCCCCCUGCACCCCCGCCCCCUAGUGGCACUGCUGGAUGGCAGAGACUGCACUGUGGAAAUGCCCAUCCUGAAGGACCUGGCCACUGUGGCCUUCUGUGAUGCACAGUCCACUCAGGAAAUCCAUGAGAAGGUAUUGAAUGAGGCUGUGGGCGCCAUGAUGUACCACACCAUCACUCUCACCCGGGAAGACCUGGAGAAGUUCAAGGCCCUGAGAGUGAUUGUUCGAAUCGGUAGUGGCUACGACAAUGUGGACAUCAAGGCUGCUGGCGAACUCGGAAUCGCCGUGUGCAACAUCCCAUCUGCUGCAGUGGAGGAGACAGCAGAUUCGACAGUCUGCCAUAUCCUCAAUCUGUAUCGGCGGAACACAUGGCUGUACCAGGCCCUACGAGAAGGCACGCGGGUACAAAGCGUGGAACAGAUCCGUGAGGUCGCCUCAGGAGCUGCUCGGAUCCGAGGGGAAACACUGGGCCUCAUUGGCUUUGGUCGCACUGGGCAGGCAGUUGCUGUUCGAGCCAAGGCCUUUGGAUUCAGCGUCAUAUUUUAUGACCCCUACUUACAGGAUGGGAUAGAGCGGUCUCUGGGCGUGCAAAGGGUCUACACCCUGCAGGACUUGUUAUAUCAGAGCGACUGUGUCUCCUUGCACUGCAAUCUGAAUGAACACAACCACCACCUCAUCAAUGACUUCACCAUCAAGCAGAUGAGGCAAGGAGCAUUCCUUGUGAAUGCAGCCCGAGGUGGCCUGGUGGAUGAGAAAGCCUUAGCUCAGGCCCUCAAAGAGGGCAGGAUACGAGGCGCUGCUCUGGAUGUGCAUGAGUCUGAGCCCUUCAGCUUUGCUCAGGGCCCAUUGAAGGAUGCUCCAAAUCUCAUCUGCACACCACACACAGCCUGGUACAGCGAACAAGCAUCACUAGAGAUGAGGGAAGCAGCUGCCACGGAGAUCCGCCGAGCAAUCACAGGUCGCAUCCCAGAAAGCUUACGAAACUGUGUCAACAAAGAAUUCUUUGUUACUUCAACUCCUUGGUCAGUCAUUGACCAGCAAGCAAUUCAUCCUGAGCUCAAUGGUGCCACAUACAGGUAUCCACCAGGCAUUGUAGGUGUGGCUCCAGGAGGGCUUCCUCCAGCUAUGGAAGGGAUCAUCCCUGGAGGCAUCCCUGUGACUCACAACCUCCCCACUGUGGCACACCCUUCCCAAGCUCCCUCCCCAAACCAGCCCACAAAACACGGGGACAAUCGAGAGCACCCCAACGAGCAAUAGCAGAGAAUACGUGAAGGUAAUCAUUCAGAUAAACUUGGGACCAAGAGACAGUAGAAAACGGAUGAAUUUGAUGGUCUUUUAAACUGAUCCUGGACAUCACUGAUACUGCAGUGUGAAAGCUACAAAAGCUAGAAAACAAGAUGGUAUCUGCUUCCAGAAGUGUGGAAAGACUAGGACGUGAUUAUUAACGACCAACUUCUGUUAUUGUGUGUUAAGUUUUUCAUCUGUGCAUCAAAUCACAAAGAAUAGAGCUUUUCCUUUAUCAAUCAAUCCCCUGGGCACAGCAGGUCCUGCGCAGCUUGUUGUAGAAUGUUGCAUCAAGAGCUCCGAAUAUCAAUAAAAAAAUUGAGAGGAAA